UCUGUGCGUGCGUGCGUGCGCUCGGCGGCGGCGGCGCAGCGUCCCCUGCCCCGAAUGAAAGGGAAGGUCCCAGGCAGCGAGCGGCGGUGAGCGGCGGCGGCGGCUUCCCCUCGGCAUUUGUGAGGAUUGAAUUGGCAUAGGCCAUUUUAAAAUCAUGACAAGCUCAGUUGGACAGAAAAAAGUGUCUUCAAGACAACGCAAGUGUGGUUUUUGUAAGUCUAAUAAAGAUAAUGAAUGUGGACAAUUAUUGAUGUCAGAAAACCAGAAGGUGGCAGCACAUCAUAAAUGUAUGCUGUUUUCAUCUGCAUUGGUAUCUUCACACUCUGAUAAUGAGAGUCUUGGUGGCUUUUCUAUUGAAGAUGUUCAAAAGGAAAUAAAAAGAGGCAUGAAACUGAUGUGUUCUUUAUGCCAUUGUCCAGGAGCAACCAUUGGCUGUGAUGUGAAAACAUGUCACAAGACAUAUCACUACUACUGUGCAUUGCAUGAUAGAGCUCAGAUAAGAGAGAAACCCUCACAAGGCAUUUACAUGAUUCUAUGCCGAAAACACAAGAAAGCUACACACAACUCUGAAGAUUUAGAAGAAGGUAUCAACGAACACGAAUUGGAGCCUUCACCACCAAAAGGGAAGAGGAGGGGUCGGAAGGGAAAGCCAAGGAAAACAAAUUUAAAAGGGCAGUCAGAAGACACUAGAUCUACAUCCUCACAUGGCACAGAUGAAAUAGAAAGCAGUUCCUAUAGAGACAGGUCUCCCCACAGAAGCAGCCCCAGUGAUACAAAACCUAAAUGUGGAUUCUGUCAUGCAGGUGAAGAAGAAAAUGAAGCUAGAGGAAAGCUUCAUAUAUUUAAUGCUAAAAAGGCAGCAGCACACUAUAAGUGCAUGUUGUUCUCUUCUGGCACUGUCCAGCUAACAACAACAUCAAGGGCAGAGUUUGGUGAUUUUGAUAUUAAAACUGUACUUCAAGAGAUCAAGAGAGGGAAAAGAAUGAAAUGCACGCUUUGCAGCCAACCUGGUGCCACCAUUGGGUGUGAAAUUAAAGCCUGUAUCAAGACUUACCAUUACCACUGUGGAGUAGAAGACAAAGCAAAGUAUAUUGAGAAUAUGUCACGAGGAAUUUACAAACUCUAUUGUAAAAAUCACAGUGGAAACGAUGAAAGAGAUGAAGAAGAUGAAGAAAGAGAGAGCAAAAGCCGUGGGAAAGCAGGCACUGGCCAUAGUGACAUUCCUCAACAACAGCUCAAUGGAAACUAGGUUCAAGGGACAGAGUUAGAGAACUGGGAAUGAAUAAGACAUCCAUAACUACUAAUUCUUUUAAAUUGUUUUUCUAAGAUCAGAAAAGGGUCAGUAACUUUUUACUGCCCAAAUCUGCUAGAAAUUUCAUUGAACUGCCUGAAACGUUCAUGUUUGUGAGCCUUCAAUAAGUGGCAGAGUUUUACAUGUCAAUAUUAUGUAGUUUGUAGUCUGCAGUGUCUGGAAAAAAUUGAAACACUAUAUAAAUGAGAUGUAAUAUGUACAGUGUCAAAAGUUAAGGCAGACAUUGAAAUGAAGUAAGAUCUAUAUUUCUGGACUGAAUAAAAAUCUAAGAUUUGGAAUGUGUAAGUUGUUUAGUGGAUUCAUGCACCAGAGAAGGUCUUAGCAAGCUCAGUUCACAACAUGGACACGUCCGUGUUGGCCAGAAGCUGGUAACUUGUGCAUUUCACGUUUUCUUCGUAAACCAAGUAUGGAGGCUGUCUGUGGGGAAAAGCUGCUCUCUGUUUUGCUUUCAAAGCACAUAGUAGAAAAAGAAGUCGAUGUACACAGAAGCAUGCUUGAACCUUGCAGUUUGUUCCUGCUGUGAUUGCUCAUACGGCCCAGCAUUCCUUGCUGGCAAUUUUCUUGAGCAGGUGUUGGUUAUGAGCUGUGAGCUGCAGCACUCAUGCCAAAGCGCUGUAGCUCGUUCCCCAACGAUCCACCUCUUCUGCUUCCCUAGUAUACCAAGAACCUUUCACUGAGUGUGAGUGAAGCCUUUAUUAUACUCGUUUUUGGACACUGCAACCCAACCUCUUUACAUUUCGAAGAGUUACUCUUUUUAACUCGUUAUGGAAUUUAGCCACCAUAUCUGACAUCCAUACCUCAGAUGUUCUGUGUUGUGUGGAACAUUUCAUGUUUCGUCCAAAAUACAUAUACAGGCUGCCCCCAUGAUGUAAGAAGAAUGAGAAUAUGGCUUUUCCCAUAGAUCAAUAUUUAUUUUGAAUCUUGUGACCACUAUAUGAGGAAACUCUCUGCUUAAGAUUCUUAAGAUUUGUAGAAUUUAAUUAAUCUUGUCAUGGAGUGACACAUGCUAGAGCUUGAUGUUCCAUUUGAGAAUAAUCCAGAUUAGGUUCAAUCAGACCUAGCAGCUCAGUUCCUUAAUUUUUGUCAUUAAACUGGCAUUUUUUUAGUUCCUAGUAAUUUCUUCCAUUGGUCUGUUAAAGCACAUUAGCAGAUUUAUUUGAAAUAAAACCAAAAAUUUAAUCUAACGUGCAAGUCUUUCUAAUGCUAUCAUGCCACCUCAUUGUUUAGAUAGGGUUCUGACUGUUUCAUUCUAGAAACCCAGUAAAACCUCAAGAUUUGAAGUAAAGCUGCAAGCAAAAUACACUGAGAAUUUGGCUAGAAACCGCAAAGGUUCAUCUGCAGUUGACAUUACAAAAGCAGUUCAUUUGUAAUAUAAAUUUCCGUAGCAUUUUUACUUGUGUUUUUAAGAUUUAGCGUGUCGUUGUCUUUUCACAUUUCCUUAAUGUCUCAAGGGACUCAAUUGUUGUAUAUGAGAGUUUCUACACGUUACUGUGUUGGAACUCCCUCCAUUUUGUUUGUUUUCUUGGGGAAUAAUGCAGUUUUAGUAGAAAAAUUGCAGUGUACAGAAAAGAUUCAGUUACUGCUCUAAACAUGAUGCCAUUGACCAUUUUUAUUUUGUAUUUGUAAUUUUCAGAAUUAAAAGUGUGACUUGAAUUGCAA